UCCUCCCCCGACGGUCGUGUCCUAUAGAAAGAGACACUGGGUGUGAACUACAAUUGUGGAGCUCCCUCUCCAGAUCUAAGUAAAACCACAUUGGGGAAUGCUCUCUCUCUCUCACACACACACACACACACACACAUGCGCACAGUCACACAAUCCCUGCCCCACACUACGCCUCGGUCACGUCAAGUUGCUCGAGUCAGCUCCCCUUCCUGUUUUCCAGCAGUUACGUCGUCCUGCGCGUCGUGUUUUCAUAGACUGGGCUGAGCAGGAAGUCCAGGAAAUUUAAAAAAAAAAAAAAAAAAAAGAUUUGCCCAGGAAGAGGCACAACACCGUUUAAAAGAGGAAGAAAGGACCCACGCGGAGACGCUUUUAUGAGGACAUUAUGAUGUCUGACGCCAGAGGGGAGAGGGGCAUCUGUUGGACGCCGUAGGGGCCGGGGAGAGGUACAAAAGCAACAUGGAAGCGCUGAGAGAGUCUUUUCUGAACUUGACUUUUCAGAUGUCAUCGUAUAAGAGAGCCACUUUGGAUGAGGAGGACCUGGUGGACUCCACCAGCGACGACGUCUACCCGUCAUCACCCAUGCAGGUGACCCUCCUGCGCGGCCGCGGCCCUUGGUGCUGGUCGGACCGGACGCAGAGGGAGAGGAGGCUGCUGCUCGCCGUGGGCUUCGUGUCGUUGGGCCUCUUCGCGUCUCUCAUCGCAACCGCCGUCCUAUACAGACAGACUCACCCGGGCCUGUGCCUGACCGAGCCCUGCAUCAAUGUGGCCAGCGCGGUCUUGGGAGCCCUGGACCGAUCCGUCGACCCCUGCCACGACUUCUACAACUUUGCCUGCGGGGGCUGGGUGAAGAAAAACCCCCUCCCCGAGGGCAAGUCCCGCUGGGGACCUUUCAGCGACCUGUGGGAGCACAACAUCCUCGCGAUGAAGCAUUUACUAGAAAACACAUCGAUGAAAGGCCUGAGCAAGGCCGAGGAGAAGGCCCAGCGCUACUAUCAGGCCUGCAUGAACGAGGCCAAGAUUGAGGAGUUGGGGACCAAGCCGCUGCAGGAGCUGAUCAGCCAGAUAGGGGGCUGGGCCCUGACGGGACCCUGGGACAAGGACAACUUCCAGGAAGUCCUGCGUAUGGUGUCGGCCAACUAUCACACCUCGCCUUUCUUCACCGUGUUCGUCAGCACCGACUCCAAAAACUCCAACAGCAACAUCAUCCAGGUGGAUCAGUCCAGCUUGGGGCUUCCUUCGCGGGAUUACUACCUCAACCAAACGGCGAACGAAAAGUACCUGACGGCGUACCUCAACUUCCUCACGGAGUUGGGGGUUCUCCUGGGCGGCGCCGAGGACGCGUCCCGGACGCUGAUGGGGGAGAUCGUGGACUUUGAGACUAACCUGGCCAACAUCACAGUCCCUCAGGAGGAGAGACGAGACGAAGAGCUCAUCUACAAUAAGAUGGAGGCCAAGGACCUGAUGACUCUGGUCCCUGCCGUGGACUGGAUGCCGUACCUCAAAGAAGUGUUUGCUCCCGUGCCGCUCAACGAGUCGGAGCCGGUGGUCGUUUACGCCAAAGAAUACCUCCAGCAAGUUUCUGACCUCAUAACUAAGACGAAUAAAAGCCUACUCAACAACUACAUGAUCAUGAAGGUGGUGAGGAAGAUGGGCUCCAUUUUGGACCAGCGGUUUCAGGACGCAGAGCAGCGCUUCCUUGAGGUCAUGUACGGCACGAAGAAGAGCUGCACGCCGCGCUGGAAGCUGUGCGUCAGCGACACGGACAGCGCCCUGGGCUUCGCUCUGGGAGCCAUGUUCGUCAAAGCCACCUUCGCCGAGGACAGCAAGGCCAUUGCCGAAGAUAUGGUCGCGGACAUUAAAUGGGCAUUUGAGGACAGCCUGAAGAAUGUCAGGUGGAUGGACUCGGAGACCAAAAAAGCAGCCAAAGAGAAGGCAGACGCUAUAUACAACAUGGUUGGCUAUCCAGAGUUCAUCAUGAACGCCACCAAGCUGGACAAGGUGUUCAAUGAUUUCGAGGUGGUCUCCGAGCUCUACUUCCAGAAUGUCAUGCAGUACUACAACUUCUCAGCCAGAGUGACCGCGGACCAGCUGAGGAAAACUCCCAACAGAAACCAGUGGAGCAUGACCCCGCCGACCGUGAACGCGUAUUACAACCCGACCAAGAAUGAGAUGGUUCUGCCCGCGGGGAUUCUUCAGGCUCCGUUUUACAGUCGUUCCUGGCCCAAGGCUCUCAACUUCGGUGGAAUCGGCGUGGUCAUGGGACACGAACUGACCCAUGCUUUCGACGACCAAGGGAGGGAGUACGACAAGGAUGGAAACCUGCGUCCCUGGUGGAAGAACUCUUCGGUGGAGGCCUUCAAGCAGCAGACGGAGUGCAUGGUGGAGCAGUACGGAAAUUACAGCGUCAACAAGGAGCCCCUGAAUGGGAAGCACACGCUGGGAGAGAACAUCGCCGACAACGGGGGCCUCAAGGCCGCCUACAAGGCCUAUGUGAACUGGAUCAAAAAGAACGGCGAGGAGGCCACACUACCUGCCCUGGGAAUGACCAACCAUCAGCUCUUUUUCGUGGGAUUCGCCCAGGUGUGGUGCUCCGUCAGGACACCCGAAAGCUCACACGAGGGCGUCAUCACAGACCCCCACAGCCCGUCCAGAUUUCGAGUCAUCGGCACCAUCUCCAAUUCGCAAGACUUCUCGAAGCACUUUGGCUGCAAAUCCGACGCUCCCAUGAACCCGAAGCACAAGUGUGAGCUCUGGUGAUGCCUCGUUGCUGUUAAUCAGCGAGGAGAGAAAAGGACGUUUGGGAGAAACUCUGACAAACUCUCUAGGGGGGGGGCGCAACACAAGAACCACUGAAACCCUCACUGCCGUGCCACUGCUUCCAGGACCACAUUUGCCUGCAAUCUUCAGUGCUUCUCCUCAAGGACUGUUGUUUGAGUGAUCUGCAUUCCCCAACUUCUGAAGUUAAAUAUAGAACUAUGAACGUGCACUGAACCCAGCGAAUGGUGUCAGAAAAAAAGGGGGAACCACUCUCCUGUUUUCUGAACUGCUUGUCACUCAUGAAGUUGUACAUGUGUUCUUUUUUCUUCUCGACUGUGCUUGGGAAUGCUCCCAUUUCAAUUUGUUGUAUUUUAAGAUCACAAUUUUUUAACGAUGAAAAUUGAUACAGUUUUAAAUAUGUUUAUGAAUGGUGUACAUGUGUUUUAAUACUCAAGUAGCCGUUUCUACUUGAACCAUUGCAAUAUUUAACACUUUGCAAACGUAUGUUUUAUAGAGAUAUGGAUGUGAUUUGUGUCCCAUUGCCGUGGCUUAAUUUCUGUAAUGGAAAAACAAAGCAAAUCAGACACAGAAGGGAGAAAGUAAGACAUUCACAGCAAUAAAUUGAACUAUUUCUUCCAUUUUAGAGCUUGGUCUUGCAGGCCAACUUAUGUGCCAAGGAGUUUGUCACAAAUUAUUUUGCAUAGUAAAACCAGUCUUAAAACCACUUUGUCUCCUCAAUUUGUUCGUGAUCUGGUGCCUUGUCGUACAGAGAUGUGUGGCUAUUCCAACCCAGUGUUUCACAUUAAACUAUUAGUCCAAUUGUGGCGAAAUAAAUGGGACGUUCCUUUGGUGACUUUAGGAUGUGAAGCAGGCAGAAGAUCGACAGAUGGCGCCAAUAUGACACAAAUCAGUGGUGAAGUCCUGCAGUUGUGCAGAAAACGGACCAUGAUUUAUACAGGAUUUAUGCAAUGCAAACAUCCAAAUGACUAAUUUUUUACAAUUUGAUGCUACUAAAAUAUUUUGUUUGAAUGUCUUGCUUCUCGCGGUGUUAAGAAAUGCCAAUAACAAGGUUUUUACUUUCUGGACUUUAAUAUAAUUUACUAAAUUGAGGACUUGUAUCUAAAAUUGAUUUUAAAAAAAAAAGUAUAUUGACACACGGAAAAAACGAUUAAAAAACACGAUGGACACGCGAACCAUCCAUCUCGAUCCGAUCGUAGGCAUGGAUUGUAGGUUCUUUGAUUGGCCGAGCGUAUCCGUAGAUUCCCGAGAAUUGCCGAAUCAUCUGUCCUGCCCGGACUGCUGGAAGCGGCCGCAACGCCAUGUUGGCGAAGUCUCUCAUCUCUGUGAGAAAAAAAAUGAUAGAAAA